AUGGCCACUCUUCGCUCCGCGUUCAUCCUCGCGUUGGUCCUCGUCUCUCUCCCUGCGCUCUAUGCCGCGGCUGCGCCACUGCAGGGUGACGUGGCUGGUGGAAGUGCAGGCGUGGACGCGGCGAGUUGGGGCCGCAAGCUGCUGGAAGCGAGCGGCGGUGACGUGGACGUGGGUGGCGAGGAGGAGGAGGUGGGGGAGGCGACGGACGGGCUGGACGAGGCGGUGCGGGUGCUGCUGAGCUGGAAGAAGAUCAAGAACGCGGCGAAUCAAGCGGCGAAGAGCGAGGCGGGGCAGAAGGCGGGAGGGUUGGUGAAGAAUGUGGUGAAGAAGGGCGGCAAGGAGGCGCUCACGGCUGCAGUCAACGCGUUCCGCAGCGGCAAGGGCGCCAAGGGUGCCCUGCAGGCGGGCGCUGGCUCGUUCCUGCCCACUUUUACUGCCUCGCUAGCCACUGUCACUACUGACGUGACCGCAGCUGCUGUUACGACUACGUCGCGGUCUCGAGUCACUGCUCGCUACACUACUACUCUUCCUUGCCCUGCUGUUCCCUCCGCGUCUCUAGCUGGCUUCCACGUCCCCUCGUUCUCGAGGAACUUGGUGGGCGUGAGGCCUCUUGUUGCUGCGUCCCCCCAGGUAGCUGUGUCUGGUCCAGUUGCUGCGUCGUGCUCCUGCCGCUCGCUUGCACACCCCACCGUUCUGUGGCACCACCGGACGGGGCACCCGUCCCUCCCUCGUCUGCGUGCUAUGUCUCGUCAGCGUCUUGUCUUAGGCCUCCCGCGUGUAUUGCCGUCGUUGCCGCCUUCACUUGCACCGCCGUGCGGUCCCUGCGUCGAGGGCCGGCUGUGCGCCACCCCUCACUCCUCCUCCCUUCGUCCGGCCACCAAGCCUUUUGAGACGCUCCACUUGGACGUCUGGGGCCCCGCCCCGCCCCUUGCCUUGGCCCUGAGCGUACGCCGCUCACCAGCUGAACCUCUGGCCACGCGUCUCUCGGCCAGAGUCUUCACCGACCAGUCUUUGGACCUGGUCCCCUGGUGUUGCGUCGAGGACUCCUCUGACUUCACCUUUUACCACCCUCCCUCUCACCGGUUCUUUGACUCCCGUGACGUCCGUUUUGAGGAGUCCACGGCCUACUACGCCAGGUACCCCAGUCGAGGUGUGUCCCAGGCUACCCCUCCCCCCUCGGUAUCCCCUCAGGUGUAG